AUUUGAUUGCUACUAGAAAGUCUGAUUCUAGAACCUAUAGAACCACAACCACAGAGCCAGUGUAGUGUAGUGUUUUAAUAAAAAAAAGUGGAAGUUAGGUUAUGUUUGAUUGUUGAUACUUAAAAAUAAUUUGGUGUAGUGUUGGCCUACUUGUGUAAUAAUGAAUUCUACAAUUUUCGCAGACCUACAAGAGUUGUAAAAUUGUAUUAUCGUGUAUGUAUUUUUUUCUACAGUGUUUGAGUUCUUUGGAAAUACAUUUGUAACUGGUUACAGUUCAGACUUCAAUGAUCCUAUAGGUAUAGGUUCAGAUUGGAAACUGUGUAAUGUAGAUUAGAUACUUAAAAUAAAAAUAGACGUUUGUUUGUCUGCUACUAUGUUUUUGUUAACACUUUACCAAAAAAGUUAUUAUUCAGUUGAACUAUUUAUGUAUAAACAGGUAAUAAAUUAUAACUGUAGAAGAUUUGGAAUGUUUAAGUGCUGUUCUAGGCCUAAUAGACAUACAGAAGAUUACUGCUUUCCCUCUCCACAAUUGGAUGAAUUGUAUCUGUGUAAUUCCAAUAAUAAAGAAGAAAUCAAUACAAAUAUUAUUAAUAGAAAAGGCGUAGGUGACAUUAACAAGGUACUACAACUUCAUGAUGAACUAAGAUUACAGCCAGAUAAUCCAUCAAUUAAAUGUUCAUUAACAAAAGAAAUGCUUAAAAUACCAAAUAGAACUCAUCCUGAAGUUAUGAACUAUGGUGAAAUGCCACAUAUUGUGAAGUUUUUAGGUGAUAAGAAACAUUUUAACUUCAAGCCUAAUGAAUUUCAUACUAUUACCAAAAAAUUAAACUUAUUAAGAAAUGAUCUUAGCAACUUUACAGGUCACAGAAGUUACUUUUUUACUGGUCAGCUUGCUGAAAUGGAAUCAGCGUUAAUAAAAUAUUCCUUGAGUAAAUUGCUCGAUAAUGGAUUUCAAGCAGUGUCUGUACCAGAUAUCUUAGAUAGAGCCAUCAUUGAAAGUUGUGGAAUGGAAACGCAGGGAACAAGAAGUCAAGUGUAUAGUUUAAGUCCUGAACAUUAUGAGAAUGACAAAUGUUUGUCAGGCACGGCAGAGAUGGCUCUGGCAGGUUACUUGAUGAACAAAGAGUUGUCUCAAGAUGAGUUACCACUGCGUCUGGCUGCUGUUAGCAGAUGUUUUCGAGCUGAGACCUCUAGAACAUCUGAUGAGAGAGGAAUAUACAGAGUGCACCAGUUUACCAAAGUGGAAAUGUUUGGCGUCAGUGAACCGGAAAAGUCAAGCGAACUACUUGAAGAGUUCAGAGAGUUUGAGGAGAGGCAUUUUGCCAGCCUUGGCCUACACCUUAGGGUUUUAGACAUGCCACCUCACGAGUUGGGAGCUCAGGCCUAUCGCAAGUAUGAUGUGGAGGCGUGGUUGCCAGGACGAGAAAUGUGGGCUGAGUUAUCGAGUUGCAGUGACUGUACAGAUUAUCAGUCACGGAGGCUGGGUAUACGCUGUGGAGACACACACUUGCACACUGUGAACGGAACUGCGUGUGCUGUGCCUCGUCUGGUUAUCGCCCUGUUUGAGACACACCAGCAGCCCGAUGGCUCAGUUCUGAUACCACCUCCUCUGCAGCCAUUCAUGGGAAACUCCUCUGUUAUCAGCAAGGAUACCACCAAGCACAUUCCUCGUUUGAGACCCAUUAAAAGGCAGACUCUAAAGUCAUGAUAGUUGAUAAGUGAAUUUGUUAUUAAAUUUUUUAAAAGAUG